AUUCUCUCCCUUGACUCUUUCAACUAACCUUGUUUGCUUCUGCGACUCACCCAACCGGCCGUCCACUGACUGAUCAUAUCGGAAUAGACCACCAAACUUAACAUGUCCGAACCAACCAGUGCGCCAGGAGCUCUCCCUAGCGAGGACGCCACCUCAGUCCCCAUUCAAAGCUGCCCCCAAGUGAACGAUAGCAGUACACUAAACAAGGUGAACCAAACGGUUAAUGGCGAGCAUCCCGAUGGACCCAAGAUUCGCCAACAGGUCGAAUUCUAUUUCUCCGACGAGAACCUUCCAAUGGAUCUCCACUUGCUCCAUUGCUGCGGCGGCCGCAAAAACAUUCCCGUCUCCUUGAACCGCAUCCGCGGCUUCAGGAAGAUGCGUAGGUUUAAGGAUAAAGCCUUAAUCGUAGAAGCUCUCCGCAAGAGUGCUUUCCUAAACGUCAGUCCUGACGGUAAAGAGGUUUCACGCAAAGUUCCCUUGUCUGGCCCUUGUCUCCUCGACGAAGUCAAUAGUGAUAGUGAGAUUUCUCAUGACCCCCGAACCCAGAAACCAAUCCAACAUCCAAUUCCUCUGCUUCCGCAAAAGAAGAAGGAGUAUCCAUGCGGCAAGAGCAAGAACAUGAUGAAGGCGACAGGAUUUGAAGAUAUGUAUGCCGAAGCCCCUCUCACACCAGCCGAAGCUGAGGAGGAGAUGGCAAUGUACGAUCCCGACAAGCCCUUCGUUGAACGCAUUGAGAUUGCCAUCCAGCGCUUCAAGCAGAAACGUCGCAUGCAUGAGAUGUAUUCUAAGAUUUUCAAUAAAUGGAUGCGCUUUGGUGGUGUUGAAAGCUCUCCGCGAAUGUUUGGCGGGCUCUCCAAGCAGGAUAUGGCUGAGAUGGAUGCUGAACAAAUCGCCAAAGCGCUAGCAAUUCACCACGUUCCUUGGGACCGAGAGGAUCCGAAGCAUUGGAUCGUGGACUUUGAGGGGGUGGGAAAGGCGUUCCUCUCAUCCUACUACCCACUGCACUAUGGUUACGACCCCAACCAGAUUAAGACCGCUUGCCAGGUUUUGAGAUCUUUCUAUAACUACUUACUCUUCCACCAAGUCUGUGACGAGUACAAAGACAGCCUCCUCUUUGCUCGAGCGGUCUGUGAUCAGGCCGAUGUAGAGCUCGUGAAAUCCAACCUAUUUGGUCUCGCCCUCCCUGGCGCAUUCAAUAUUGCCGCAAGCACAGUCUUCGGAGGUACUCAUGCUGGCCAAUGCAUCGUGGGCCAGCACUGGGCCGAGGAGGCAACCGAAGGCUGGGCCGGUGACAAGAAUCUUGGUAUGAAAGCAGAGGAGGCUAGAGUGACAUUCAAGACAGCCGUUGCCAUUCUCGGCACCGAUGAGCAAUACGCCAUCAUCGAAGCACAAGGAAGCAAAGAAGGUCUCAACACCAUCAAGGUCGAGAAGUUUGAGGAUGUAGACCUUGAAGUCGUUGCCAUCAAAUUCUCACCCAAGGAAGUUCAGGAAAUGUACACGAUUCAGAACGAGGCCUGGAAACAGAAACUUCAACUUCAACCCCUCGGCAAGCUCAUAUGCAGGUCUUGGAACAAGGAGGACUUCGACCAGUGGGAUCUCCCCAAGGAAAAGUAUCCAAAAGGCAAGAUAUUAAAGGAAGAUGAAGGCAAGAUAUAUGAGUUCUGGGUCGAAGACGAGGUACUGGUGGAGUGUUUCAAGGGUGCAAAAAUCGAGGCAAAGGUGUUGACGCUCAGCUGCGGUUUGACUAUAAUCGAUUCAGUGAGCGUCAUUCAUCCUAGCUUCUACAACUGGUUAGCAAAUGAACUGUGGAUGGAGAGGCACCCUCGCGAGUUCAAGCUCUCAAAGAAAGGGUUAGUAGGCUUGGACGACGAAGAUGUGAUAGAGGUCAAUGGAGAAACGAAACAGGGAGAGGAGAUUAUAAAUCAGGGAGACAUCAUCUGA